GUAUAGAAUGGUCCGUUCUUUAGGGGGUCGGAGGUUACAGCUGUCAGAGUGUUCGAUGAUGCUCGGAAGAUGGCGUCGGAGCAGCAAAGCUCUGGCAGUCCUGUCAAGAAGUCUAUGCGAGAAAAAGCAGUAGAGCGAAGAAAUACAAACAAAGAACACAACAGUAACUUUAAAGCAGGCUACAUUCCUAUUGAUGAAGAUAGACUACACAAGACAGGCCUGAGAGGCAGAAAGGGAAAUUUGGCAAUCUGCGUGAUUGUAGUACUGUUCUUCUUGGCUCUCAUUAACUUAAUUAUUACUCUAGUGAUAUGGGCAGUGAUUCGUAUUGGCCCACAAGGAUGUGACAGUAUGGAAUUCCAUGAAAGUGGCCUGCUACGGUUUAAACAAGAAUCUGAUAUGGGUGUUGUCCAUUCUUUACACAAGAGUACUGUAGGGGGUAGAAGAAAUGAAGAUUUGUUGAUCACAGGCAAUAAUCAACCGGUUAUAUUUCAACAAGGCACAACAAAGUUGAGUGUUGAGAAAGAGAAGACCCAAAUCACUAGUGACCUUGGAAUGGCAUUUAUUGAUCCACGGACCCAAAACACUUUGUUUAGUACAGACUAUGACACUCAUGAAUUCCACUUACCAGCAGGGGUAAAAACACUGAAUGUGAAGAAGGCUUCCACUGAAAGGGUUACUAGCAAUGCUACCAGUGAUCUUAAUAUAAAGGUUGAUGGGAAUGCCACAAUUAAUGGUAAUGAAGGAGUAUUCAUUAUGGGCAAAACUAUUAAUUUUCUUAUGGCUGAAGAUUUGGAACUCAAAGCAGAGAACAGCAUUAUUUUGAAUGGCUCUGUGAUGGUUAAUACUGCACGUUUGGCCAGUUCUUCUGCAGGAGAGAUAUUUAAUGUAAGCUGGGAACGCUUCAAACUUUGUAUGUGUGCAGACGGAACGCUUUUCAAAGUUAAAGUGGAAGAACGCAACAUGGGCUGCCUAACAUUAUAUAACCCUUGUGGAGCUAUUGGCUAAAUAUCCUCUUCCGGAAGAGAAAUGGAAAACAAGGAAUACAGCUUAAACACUGUUGCACAUACAGAAAUAUUUGUCUAAUUUGAUCUCAUUAUAUGCUGCAGGAUGAGGUUUUAACCAGUAUUAAUCAGUAUUAACUUGUUUGAUUUUAAAUAGCAUACUCAUUUUGUGUUCAUGCAAAAUAAUUUGACAGUAUUUUGAAGUAAACAUUUCAUGGCAAAGUCCUGUUAUGUGCCAGUUUAAAGUUAUUUAUUUAUCCAAGUGAUUUUUUAGUGUUGAAGUAUUUAAGUCAUUCAGUGUUGAUCAUGUCACACCUAUAAAAAAUUUGCAAACAACUGCAUCUUUGUAUGUUCCAAACAUGAUGAGCGUUAGUUCCAUGCUUUUAUAAUACUAAGUUGAAAUUUUGAUAAAUUAUAUUUUUAGUUCGGUAAAAAUGUGACUGAGCUUUGUCCAGUUUGGAAAAACUAAACAGAAAACAGAAUUCAUAGUCUGUGUUGAUCACUGUUAUUAGGGAUAACCCUCACACAACUUGAAGCUUUAUUGAAUUAAAUAUUCUUCUGUCUCAGCACACAAUCUUUGCUUCUCAACUUUUCUUUUUUAAAACUGGAUGUCAUUUUUCAUUUUUCUAACUGCACUCAGGGGCUUUAACACUACACUGGAUCAGGGUCAUAUGGCAGAUGAAUGCAAAUAAAACUAAAAACUUGAGGGAAAUAACAUGAACAGUUCAGCAUCACUCACUUAUCCUUAGCUGUUAAAAAGAACAUAAUUCUGUGUAGUUCUGUUGACAGAUAAUUAAUCUAUUUGUAGGGCUUUAUUUCCUCAGUACCUCAAUUACUUUAAUGUCAGGUGCUGUGUAGUAUUUUUCUUUAGUAUUUUCCCUGCUGUAAAUAUUGUAGAAAUAAUAAUGUAUUUCCUGAUAUACUGAAAAUCUUGCAGCAUUUCAAAUAUUUGGAUCAGUCAUCUUCAGAUACACUGUUAUUUUUUAUCCACAGUCAGCCUCACCAAACUUUUAAAAAUGUAUUUCCUUUUUUCAGAAAAUAAGUGAAAAUUUGUAAGUUACCAGGAUUAAUGGAAUUGUUUUUGUUAUCUGGCCCUAAGUAUCUGAAAUAGUGGAAAAAAUUAAUUACUCAUGUCAUUACAUUUUGUUGUACCAUUUAUGUUGUAUGCUUUGCUAUUGUUAAAUAUAUUAAUGUUUCCUAAAUGUUUCAUUGCAGUGCUAACUGUGCUUAGCAGUCAUGUCUCUUGUUAUUUAAAAAGUUAGUAUUACUAAUCUUAUUUCAAGAAGGAUUGUUACCAUGGAAUCCAGACACCCCCUUGACAUAAAUAGACCGAUAGGAGAGAAAUCAGUCGACAAGCACUGUGACCCAUGAAAGCUUUUUCUACUUCACAGUUAUUUGUCUGGUGGGCCUCUCGCAACAGUAUUGCAGAAUAAAUUGACAGUGUACAAAUGAAUGUUAGUGUCAUCUACAGCUGUCUGGCAUAUCAGAUUGCCAUGGUCAUCUUGUGUUUUUAUCAGAUGCUUUUGUUUUCUGAAUUCAGUGUUCUUUCAUUUAAGAUCUUGGAUGGCAUUUUUACUCUAUUCCCAUUUUAUAUUGCAAAACAGCACCUUCAUUAUCAGUCUGUCUAGAUUAAAAAAAAAAAAGGUUUGUCUA